AUGAAUCCACAAACUAAUAACUUGAAUCACUAGGAUCUAAGUAUAUGUUCUAGAAAUUUAAUAGAAGAACUGACCUAGUCAACUUUGCAGAAAGAACUCAAUUGGGUCAAUCAGCAAUUUAUGAAUUUUAACAAUAACAAUAAUGUGAGCCUCAGCUAAGCCAAUACCAGUCAGUGCACCUCUUAUAACAUAACUAGUCAGAAUUCAUAAUCAAAGCUGAACACAAUGAAGAGGUUCCCGGUGUACGGGGAUGAAUCGAUAGUAGUUAUUGAAAAUUAGACCAACAUAAGCCACGAAGAUGACGAAGAAUUCAAUAAAAUAGCGCAAAUUUACUACUCAGUAAACUUGAUCUAAAGAGCUUUCAAAGUACUCAAGGCAAAUAGAAUGCAGAGAAAGAAAAACAAGACCUAAAAUGAGAUGCCAAUGCAGUUACUUCACUAGAAGAAGCCAAGCUAAACAGCGAGAGAUGACAAAGAGAAUAUGAAAAAGAUGUAUGACAUGACUUUCGAGGGAGACUAAAAAGCUAAAAUGAGAUAAAAUCAGGCUGGAAAUGAUCCCCUUUAUAGUGGCUUGAUAAAUUUAGAAGCAAUUGAGGAAUCUCUUUAGCAGUUUGAGAAUAUUUCAAAGAGCUCAAUGUCCACUCUAUUGAGAAAUAGGAAUAAAUCACCAUUCUCUCCGACUUAAAACUCAUAGAGUUAACUCGUGAAUUAUAGUGGGAGUCCAAUGACCUAAAGUGCAGAAAAGCAGGGUCAAUGGGCUACACUCCAGGAUGAAAAAAUAAGUUUAGUUCCUCAUAUCAAGUUUACAAAUCAUCAGCAUUCCAACUCAAUGGCAUCACUUAAUAGUUAGAGUAUUGAAAGAGGCACUCCUUAUCUUUUCGGCUAGCAAAGUGUAGUAUCCUUUUCUAGACCAAUCGAUAGCGUAUAGGACUCAGCUAGAUAAAUGGAUAAUCACAAGUCCUCCAUAUAGAACAAUACGUAUAUCAACUGCAAUGAAAUCAAUCAAAUGACUAGAAACGAUCCUAACAGGAUUUAAAUUCUAUAGCAAAACAAUGAGAAUUACUCAACAGCUCAAAGUGUCACAAGUUAAUUGCCAGAUAAUAGUAGAUAAGGAAUUAUAAGCAAUAAGAAUAUUAUGAUAGAAGAUAAGAAUAUUAACUUGGCUCAAAGUAAUAUAUUUUAGCAUCACAGGAAAUCUUCGAUCACAAGCAUCGAUAGAAUUAAGAACUCAAUUGUUGAGAUUAAUGUGAUUCUGGCUACGAAUAAGAUAAGAAGUUUUAUCGAGAAAAAUGAUUAGAGGCAGAAAGUAUCAAGUUUCUACGAAUUAGUGAUGAAUAAAAGACUCUAAUAGAUGAAUGAAAGAAUCUACGAGAAUGACAUGAUAGCUCGGUCUCUUGCCAAUGAUAGUAUAUUACAAUCUAAUAAGUUAGAUCAGCUUGGCUAAUAAAAGUAAAAAUUGCUAUAAUAUAUCAUCUUUAAUUAGGGAGUAUCUGCAUUAAAGGUUAAAAGUAUCGAGUGUUCUGUAGAUUGCAUUAGUAAUCAAGAAUCACUAAAGGAGAUAGUAAAGGUAGUUUAUCCAAAUCUUAAAAGAAAAUUCAAAUUCUUAUGCUAAUAAGCAGAGAAGCAUUAAGACUAUGAUUAAAUUUGGUAAAAAAAAAGAAAGAUACAGAUUACUUCAAGUUUUUUAGAAAUAUAAAUAGAACACCUAAUAACUAUAGCUAACAAAAAUUUCAAAGGAGUAGCAAUAAAACUCUGA